UAGUGAGGUCCUCUCUAUCAUCCACUGUACGGUACCUUCCGUAGCAUUGUAAUUACAGACUAAUGUGUCUCCAUCUAACAGACAGAUUGGCAUAUGCUCAAGAAUGUGCUUAUCAAAUAGAGGGGUUUAAGGAGGGGCCAAUUCUCUGGGUCAAAGAGAGUCGAAAUUCCGAACAUCAGGAUUCGCGACAGGAGGAUCGAAGUGCAGAAGCAUGACUUGUGGGAGGACGCUGGACAUUUGGGUUGAAAGGAGGCAGCCAAUCGAGAAGGAAUUUGCUUGCAGAGGAGGAGGAAGAGAUCCGAUUUUGAAUGGCAUUCUGGUGAAUGAAAUUUCUGAAAGGAAGAACGGCGUUACUGGCUGAGCAUUUGUUCCGAUAGGCUCUUAGAAAGACUUGGGAGUUCAAUUUUUCGAAGAGCUCGGAGUCCAUAUCUCAUCUGUUUGCCCCUUCAACCUAAUGGACGACGACCCGAAUGCUCUCUCUGUGGCUAAUCAGAGGACUUUGUUUCUGGUGAACACUUUUGUCAUUCAUACUGUUCGCCUUUUGAACAACUUCUCCGUCAUAUGUGAAGACAAGCUCGCAGAUGUUCAUCGAAGAAUUUUGCGAGCAGAUGCAACCUUGUAUCUUUUAGAGGCUAAGCUCAGGAGCGUAGAUGGCUUAGAGGGUGCGGGCGAGCAGAUGCCUUUGGAUACGCUGCCCGAUCUCGUUCUUCCUGCUCCAGCUGUAGAGUCUUCCUUUGAACCCGAAGGUUCCUCCUCCAGCGGUAUGGAGCAGCCAUUGUCCCCGACAAGGUCUGAACGAAGUAGAGCGAACUCGACAACUUCGCAGUCCACUUCAGAUCAGACUCAGCUCAUGAAGGUGAAAGACAAUCCACUGUAUGCCAAAUUCUUCCGAAUGCUUCAAGUUGGCGUUCCGCUUCCGGCCGUUAAAAUACAAAUGAAUAUUGAGGGUUUCGAUCCCUCACUACUAGACGCUCCUGAUGCAGCAUCACCUGUGACUUAAGGCGUUACACGGUUUACUUCUCAUCUUACGAAUCUGGUUGGAAAAGAUAAAACCUUGAAGGGGUUCUCAAGGAGCUAUACCGGCGCCCAAUAUCAUUCUUUGGAGUUCACCACGUCAAGUGCUCAAUGGUAUGUUAUCACAACAGUGUUAUGGUGUCACAGACCAUAGCCAGAAACUUUCUGGGUUAAAUGUAAAUAACUGCUGGUCUCCGACCCGUAUUAGAAACCUCUUUUCACAGUGCUGGCUGUGUCCGAUUGUACAUAGCCAGCAUAUAGUAGGAUCAAAUUGUGUGCUGUAUUGUAGACUUCAAGACUAGCACUCUAAAAUGUCUUCACUUUCAAUGGUUAAGGUAGUAUCAUAUCACUAUGCCGUGAAUAUUCAUGUGCGACCAGGUUGCGCUCUUGGUUAGAGUGGUUUAAUUCCCUAACAGUGAGGAUCAGAGUAUACAGUCGGUUCCAGAAUCUGGUGAAGAUCAUCAAAGUUGUAAAGCAAUCUUAGCUUGGUACUUCACCUCGUGUCCUGUCAGAGUAUUCUCUUGUAGGAAUCCCUAUGAAACCAGCCUGGAGACACCCAUGGUGGAAAUCUUGCCAACGGCAUUGUGGAGAGCACCAUUAUUGGGAUGAAGGUCAGGCAUUCCAUCUGCGGAUGAGAGUGUUAGCCAGAUUGUGGACAGGGAUCUUGAUUUUCAGCAUGUGAGUCGCUCAUUUAAAGUUCCUUUCAGGUUCUCCAGAACAAAAACAAAAUUUCCUGAUCUCUGGAUGAAGCGAAAAGCACGUGCAGUCGAAAAGAUGCAUUCCUGAUCUUUACGAUGCUUUUAGUUAUUUUAGACAUGAUAGAGCCUGUGAAGUCGGGAUUCCGAAAAUUCAUAUGACAAUUAGGUGCAAUGGCUUAUGAACCUUGCACAAUGAAUCCUCUCUAGACAUUUAAAGUAGUCAUUGUGCUUUUCAUGUUUCCGAAGUAAUUAUCAUUGUUCUGUCGGUUGUUUCAUAUCAGUGAACUGAAAUCAAGACGAUACCAUAUACAGUUUCGGAUUGUAGACUUUAGAUACAUAGACUUAGAUUCUACAUCCUUCGUUCUCAGAUUUAUGAUAUAUUAUCAUGUGGUUUGCAUAUGAAGUAAAAUUUCCCCUCGCUUGCGAGAGGAUAAUAUAAGAGUUUUCACUGUUGAGAAUGUACGAUCAGA